AUGGUGUCUGUAGAAGCAACGAUCAAUUCAGACUGUGCAGGGCUCAAAACACUGCUUGCCGAAUACUUUUCUGAAGUAAAUAUGCUUGCUAAAAUCCGAGAUACAAACUCUGGAAUCACAGCAGUAACAAUACAGGGACAUCCGAAAGCAGUGUCCUCUUCUAUGGAAUACCUUAAGGAUCUUUUGCUCAUCGGUUAUGAUGCUGCCAUUAAGCAUUUUGAAGAGAUCUCCUUUGGUGGUUCUGCUGCAACUGAAAACUUGAAAAAAGUCGCCAGAGAAACAUUCGCUAGUAUGAUAAAUGCUACAGGUUUUGGUGUUGCAGAGGGAUGGAUUCCAGCUGUCAAAGAAAAACACAUUUCAAUCAAAUACAAAGGAAGAGCAUUUGACCUGGAAGUUUCCUCUAUGCAAUCUCUUUCUGAAGUCAUAUCAACAGCUGAUUCAUUUUUUUCUCAGCCUGUGCCUUUCAAAAUGUUGUACCGAUUUGCAGAUAAUGACUUUAUAGUUGUUACCGAUGUCAAAAACUUGCGUGAUGGAUUCUUGUACUAUGCCCUAACCGUCAACGAAGAGCUUCCCAAGAAACAAGUUGUAGAUCACAAUCUGAAUAUAAAGCAUUUCUUUGACAAGAUGAAAAUUGAACGAAAAAGACCCGAAUUUGAUAUCAUCAAGCUCAGAGAAACCUUUACCGAACAAGGAAUUCUUUUUGAAGAUUUGAUGGAGACUGGUGACUUGGCCAUAACUGAUACUGAAUUAGAAAAGUAUGGAAUUGCUCAAGGAGGGCUAAGAACAGCCAUUCUUGCAGUCAUCAAAAGUAUUAUUCAAUGA